AUGGAUGACGACGCCAAUAGCCAUACCUUUUCAGCCACAUAUGUAGCAGAUGAUCUAACACAAGCUGCUGCUGAAGCAGCUGCUAGGAUAGCUGCUCAAACCAUUGCUAACCAAACACCUAUCCUCCCCAAAGCCCUACAGAUUGGAAGCAAACAAUCGAGACCUGUAGAAGGAACCAUAGAGUAUGAAGCUUGGAUUGAGGUUGAUGCCUUAAUCAGAGCAUGGAUCAUCAACUCCAUCAUACCUGAGCUACAAGAAGCCUUUAUUUUCAUCCCAACUGCCAAAUCCUUAUGGGAGAGCCUAAAAGAAAAAUAUGGGCAAUUAAAUGGCUCUCUCAUUUAUCAACUCAAAAGGUCUAUUAGCUCCUUAAAACAAGGGGAUGACUCCAUUGCCACCUAUGUCACCAAACUGCAGGAGUUGUGGGAAGAGCUACUCACCAUCGAUCCACCAAUGGAGUGCACCUGUAAUACAAGCCGUAAGAUACUGGAUAAACAGGAAAGGGAUCUUCUAAUCCAGUUCCUCAUUGGAUUAAAUGAAAGGUAUGAGGCUGCAAAAGAGCAAAUUCUGAUAAUGGAUCCAUUACCAAGUAUGAGCAAAGCUUACUCGUCAAUCAUCCAAGUCGAAAAGCAGAAAGAGAUUCAUAUUGCUGCAGAGCAUAAUGCAUUCCUAGUAGAAAACAAAAAAAUGCAAAAUAAGAGGUUUAUUGAUAAGAAAAGAUUGCAGAUAGAAAAGAAAAACUCCAUUUGUGAAUAUUGCAAAAAGAAAGGACACACUAAGGAGACUUGCUUCAAGCUAAAUGGAAUACCUCCUUGGUACAAAGAAAUGGUUGACAAGAGAAAUGACUUUGCCAACUCAGUCUCAUAA